AUGGGAAAGGUUCGACGCCAAGCGGCGAAAUCAAGUGGAAAAACGAGCAAAGAUUCGAAGACAGUCGCUCCUGGUGCUUCUCAGGGCUUGGUUUUCAAUACUUCUGGUUAUGGACAGCAUAUUUUGAAGAACCCGCAAGUCGUACAGUCAAUGGUUGAAAAAGCUGGAGUUCUCCCAAGCGAUACCAUUCUUGAAAUCGGUCCUGGAACAGGAAACAUGACAGUCAAGCUGCUGGAAAAGUGCAAAAAGGUGAUCGCGCUGGAAGUCGACGAUCGAAUGGUGGCAGAAGUUCAGAAGCGCGUGAUGGGGACGCCACUCAAACACAAACUCACAAUUAUCAACCAAGACGCCCUGAAAGCAGAGCUGCCUUUCUUCGAUCUCGUUGUAGCGAACUUGCCGUAUGCAAUCUCUUCGCCCAUUACUUUCAAAUUGUUGCUUCAUCGGCCCAUGUUCCGCGUCGCCGUUCUCAUGUUUCAGAAGGAAUUCGCUGAUCGUCGCAGCCAGCGAAACCCCACAGAUGGCAGCAGAGAUCGAAAUGUGCUCAUGGUCGGGCCGAACUUCCGCGUCGGCAAGAAGAUCGGCUGCGGCAAUUUCGGCGAACUGCGACUCGGUAAAAAUUUAUACACAAACGAGCAUGUGGCGAUCAAGCUGGAGCCGAUGAAGAGUCGGGCUCCUCAACUCCAUCUAGAGUACAAGUACUACAAGUUAAUGAGCAACCCAAAGGGUAUCCCGCAAGUCUACUACUUUGGCCCCUGUGGACGCUUCAAUGCGAUGGUGCUGGAACUGUUAGGCCCCUCCUUAGAAGAUUUAUUCGACUUGUGCAACAGACGAUUCACCCUCAAGACAGUUUUAUUAAUCGCCAUUCAACUGAUAUCACGUGUAGAAUAUGUGCAUAACAAACAUUUAAUAUACAGAGACGUCAAGCCGGAAAACUUUCUCAUUGGCCGGGUUAAUUCAGAUACACAAAACACAAUUCAUAUUAUCGACUUUGGCCUUGCGAAAGAAUACAUUGACGCAGAGACGAAAAAACACAUUCCCUAUAGAGAACACAAAUCGCUGACUGGUACAGCGAGAUAUAUGAGUAUAAAUACUCAUCUUGGAAAAGAGCAAAGCCGCCGAGAUGAUCUCGAAGCUCUGGGACACAUGUUUAUGUACUUUUUACGCGGAUCCCUUCCAUGGCAAGGCUUAAAGGCUGAGACUUUAAAAGAGAGAUAUCAGAAAAUUGGAGAUACAAAGAGGACGACGCCUAUCGAAUCUCUCUGUGAGAAUUCUCCAGACGAAAUGGCAACCUAUCUACGAUACGUGCGUCAUCUAGACUUUUUCGAGCAGCCGGACUACGACUACCUGCGGAAGCUGUUCACCGAUCUCUACGAGAGAAUGGGCUACGGCCAAGUGCCCGGCCCCAACGAAAUUCCCGAGUUCGACUGGGCUAACAAGCAGCUGCCUCUAACGACGGCAGUGAGCACGCAGCCCAACUCGUCGAGUACUCAGCCGAAUCAGAAGAUUAAGGAGCCGACUCAACAGCCAUCAGUGAAUCCACCUGUCAAUACUACUGUUAAUAGAGAUACAGUAUCGGAAACAAAAUGCUUUUGCUGCUGGAAAGGAAAGAGCUCGCGUUCUGUGCCAAAAAGGAGCUGA